GAGACACGAGCAUCCAACGCUGUGUGUUUACAUCUGUUUGUUGUUUUUGUAAAGAGAUUCUCAUCUCCGAGAUUUUAAUUUUGAGAUGUUGAUGAUGAGAGAUGAGAUGGAGAUAAAAACUGAACCUACAGAAAUAAACAUUGAACAUACAGAAAUAAAAACUGAACCUACAGAAGAGGAAGAUCCCACUGAUGAAGAUGAUGAGUUUAUUCCUUCAGAUGUGAAGAGUGAAUCAUGUUCUGAUGGAGAAACAUCCUCAACAACAGAAGAGCGACUGACAGCACAAACUCUUUCCUGCAUCACCUUUGGAAAGACAUUCAGAUCACAGAGACAAUUAGAGAGACAUGAGAGAAAACACACAAAACAGAAACUCUUCACCAGAUCUGAGAUCAGCUUUACUUCCUUACAAGUGAAGAAACUUCAUUCAGAAGAGCACACAGAAAAGAAAAAGCAGUUUGACUGUCAGCAGUGUGGAAAGGGUUUUGACUUCUUAUCUCAGCUGAAUAUUCACAUGAGGACACACAGUGGUGAAAAACCUUUCUACUGCAGUGAAUGUGGGAAGAGUUUUAGUCAACAUGGCAGUUUAGUGAAACACCAGAGAACUCAUACAGGUGAAAAACCUUACAAAUGCUCUCAAUGUGAGAAGACUUUUUCUUGGUUAUAUUCCUUAACGGUCCAUCAGAGAGUUCACACUGGAGCGAAACCUUACGUCUGCUCUGACUGUGGAAAGAGCUUCACUAAUUCAUCUCAUUUGAGAGCUCAUCAGAGAGUUCACACUGGAGAAACCCCCUACCACUGCUCGAUCUGUGGGAAGAGCUUCUCUAAGUCAUCUAGUUUCAGAGUUCAUCAGAGAUUUCACACUGGAGAGAAACCGCAUCACUGUAGUGUUUGUGGAAAGAGUUUCAGUCAACCUGAACAUUUAGUAAAACACCAGAGAACUCAUACAGGUGAAAAACCUUACAAAUGUUCUCAGUGUGAGAAGACUUUUGCGGAUUCAUUUUACUUAAAAAUCCAUGAGAGAAGUCACACUGGAGUGAAACCUUACAUCUGCUCUCACUGUGGAAAGAGCUUCACUACUUCGUCUUAUUUGAGAACCCAUCAGAGAAUUCACACUGAAGAAAACCCCUACCACUGCUCGAUCUGUGGGAAGAGCUUCUCUAAGUCAUCUAGUUUCAGAGUUCAUCAAAGAGUUCACACUGGAGAGAAACCGCAUCACUGUAAUGUUUGUGGGAAGAGUUUCAGUCAACAUGGCAACUUAGUGACACACCAGAAAACUCAUAAAGGUUAAAGACUUUACAUAAGACGUGUACUGGGUAAGGUCAAUUAAAGGGGACAUAUUAUGAGAUUUUUUUUAAGAUGUAAACUAAGUCUUAAUCUAGGUCUGAGCAAAAGUGUGCCGUUUUGGGUGUGUCAUUCAAAAUGCAAAUGAGCGGAUGAAGUGCAACCACUGAUCACAAUGAUGGUGGUUUGUUGUAAUUGAAACACAAUUGUGCUGUGAAUUAUUUUCCCUCUCUCUCUUGCUCUCCGUACUAAAUGGUUGUGCUGUGGUUGGAUAGUGCAAAUAAAGGGGGCGGUAUUACCUUAUUCUGACAUCACAAUAAGGGCCAAAUUACAAUGACCUAUUUUUUCACAUGCUUGGAGAAAAUGGUUUAUUAAAACUAAGUUACUGGGUUGAUCUUUUUCACAUUUUCUAGGUUGAUAGAAGCACUGGGGACACAA